AUUUAAAAGAAACAUUAAUGUAAAGGAUCAAAUUCAUUGAAAGUAAUCCAAAGCAAAGUUGAAACUCAAAUGCUUUUGGAUUGAAUUGAAAAUACUCUCUAACACUUCCAUUUUCGUUGGAAUCUCAUUUCCACACCUUCUUCCAAAGUUUGUUGCAAUUUCUUGAGAAAGCUCGUCGUAUUGCCAAUGGUGCGGACGGCUUCGAAUCGACGCAAGCAGUUUCAUGUGUAAAUUUGGAGUACCCAAAAAAAUCUGGCGUUAACAGGCUCAUAAAGAUCGACAACCGAAAGUUUGAAACGUCUUCUUCAUUCAAUCCGACUUCAUACUUCAUUCCAAAGGAAAAAGAAAGCAUUUCUGAUCCUUUUCUUUCAUCCAUCCGUUAUCUUCUUUUUGGGUCUUCCUACUUUCUUGCCGGUAAUACUUACUUAUACUAUGGAGGGUACAAUUAUUAGAAGGGUGAUUCCGUCAGACAACAGUUGUCUCUUCAAUGCUGUUGGGUAUGUUAUGGACCAUGAUAAACACAAGGCUACUGAGCUAAGACAGGUUAUAGCUGCAACCGUAGCUAGUGAUCCGACAAGGUAUUCUGAAGCAUUUCUUGGAAAACCAAAUGAGGAGUACUGUUCUUGGAUUCUUGAUUCAGAGAAGUGGGGAGGUGCAAUUGAGCUUUCUAUACUAUCUGAGUAUUAUGGACGUGAAAUAGCAGCAUAUGAUAUCCAGACAGCACGAUGUGAUUUGUACGGUCAGGAAAAGAGGUAUUCAGAAAGGGUUCUGCUGAUAUACGACGGACUCCACUAUGAUGCUUUAGUUAUGUCUCCAGCUGAGGAUGCUCCAGAGGAAUUUGAUCAGACCAUAUUUUCUGUGAAUAGAGACAGGACGAUUGGGCCGAUUGAGGAGCAAGCUCUUCAUUUUGUUAAAGAUCAACAAAGGAAAAGGAGAUUCACCGACACCGCCAACUUUACACUGCGCUGUGGGGUUUGCCAAAUUGGAGUUGUUGGCCAAGCGGAAGCUGUAGAACACGCCAAAGCCACUGGCCAUGUCAACUUUCAAGAGUAUAGAUGACAUGAAGAAUGUUGGACAAAAUAACUGAUUUGAUCCGUUUCAGCUUUAUCGACUCACUUCUCCAGCUUGUUGAAUUGUUGUGGCAUUCUGAUUGUUAUAUGACCAUUUCAAAAUCUUGAUCGCACAGGAAAGUGUAACAUUUACUGACUAGAAUGUUGUGUAAUUGAUUAAAUCAUCAUAGAAUAAGCUGUUGCAUUCUGGCUGUUUUUCCUCAA